UGUCAAGUCGUCUUACUGUAAGGAACGUCGCAUUCAAUCAUCCAACUCUCUCAACCCCCAGCUCUCGUCAGCCGCGACAACGAGGUUCCACAUUUACAUAGUACUCUACUCUUACUCAUAUAAUCUCGUCAGACCAUAGCUUGUUUGUGUCCCCGUCGUCUCGGUCCGAUAUGAGAAAGACGACCUUCCCCUAAGGUUCCUAAGGCGUGGCAUGGCAAGCGAUAUUCCAUGAACAACAACAACCCCUGCCGUUCUCAGCCUCGAGGACAUCUAAUUCUACAAACGGUCAAAUUAGAAAUAAUAGAAUAGUAGACAGCCGGAGUAUACUGAGACGGAUAUGUCGACGCUUGAGAACGGGUCGGCUCCGUCCCAUCCCCGUACGAACGGCACGACGUCGAAUGAACUAGAGAUUCUAUGCCACGGGCUCAAGGCUAAGGUGGACAGCUUUCUCGAUACACCCACAGAGGAUGAUAUACUCAAUUCCGUGAAGAAUCAAAUAAUUAUCGCAAGAGGUGUUAUAGACGAGGCGCUACGGCGAUAUAGACCCGAAGAGCUAUCUCUAUCUUAUAACGGCGGGAAAGACUGCCUUGUCCUAUUAAUACUAAUUCUCGCCUCUCUUCCCUCAUCCGUUUCAUUACAACCAUCCUCGUCACAAUCCUCGGCAGUCGCCCAACCCGAAUCUUCCUCGCCUCUGUCGUUCCCGCGCCGACUACAAGCCCUUUACAUCCGGCCGCCUCUCCCCUUUGCUGAGGUAGAUGAAUUCGUCACAACGACCUCGUCAGUUUACCACCUCGAUCUCACGACGUCGAACCAGCCAAUGAAGCCUGCUUUGACUGAAUACCUGCGCGACCGCCCUGAGGUCAAAGCCGUGUUUGUCGGAACGAGGAGGACCGAUCCACACGGCGCAGACCUGACUUUCUUCGAUGAAACAGAUGCCGAUUGGCCUCGCUUCAUGCGCAUACAUCCCGUCAUCGAUUGGCAUUAUCGCGAGGUUUGGGGCUUUAUACGAGCUCUGGAUAUUCCAUACUGCCCACUUUACGAUAUGGGAUAUACUUCGUUAGGCGGCAUAGACGAUACGCACCCGAAUCCGGCGCUAAAGGAGGACGGGAAAGGGUCCAGCAGCAAGGUAGACGGGGAACACUUCCGGCCGGCCUAUGAGUUAACGGAAGAUAGAGAAGAAAGGCUAGGUAGGGAUCGAUAGCGUUGUCAUGUUUUUACAAGGAAAAUAAGUACCAAAGCAAACAUCGGAAUGACUGUCGCUUGUAUGGUUUACAAUUUAAAACAGCGGAUAGCCCACACGAAAUCCUGGCGAUGACAAACAUUAGGUUGGCGGAUUCAGGACAGCAUUCUACAUAGGUCUAUAUCUAUACAUACAUAUGUAGGUACUCCCACGCGGAGGCAGGAAAGCUUGAGGAUUCGAGCAGCGCGGACGGGUUGGUUAGAUAAAGAGAGGAUUGGUUACUUACUUACUUACCUUAGGUACUUAUUUAGUUUCCUCAUAGAUAUUUAUCUCCUCUUACUUUCUCUAGAGUUACUGGAAGAAGCAAUAGAUAGGCAUAUGCGCUCUUUA